AUGGCAUUUAGAGCCCAGUUUGAGGGUCAUAACGACAUUGGCGUAUUUGCUCGCUUAACCAACUCCUACUGUCUUGUUUCUAUCGGUGGUUCUGAAGGAUUUUACAGUGUUUUUGAGGCUGAAUUAGCUGAUAGCAUACCUGUCAUCCACGCAAGUAUUGCCGGUAUUCGGUCUGUCGGGUGCUUGACUGCAGGAAACAAGCAUGGUCUCCUCAUUCCGCACACGGCUACAGAUCAGGAACUUACUCAUUUGCAUAAUAGCUUGCCUGACAAUGUAAAGUGCGUUCGAAUUGAGGAGAGAUUGUCGGCCCUAGGAAAUACUGUGGUUUGUAAUGACUACGUUGCCCUCAUACAUCCGGAUCUGGACAAGGAAACUGAGGAACUCAUCACUGACGUCUUAAAUGUUGAAGCAUUCCGCUGUGUAGUGGCUGGCCAAGCCCUCGUUGGGACAUAUGCUUGUUUAACGAACCGCGGUGGACUUGUUCAUCCACAGACGACCAUCCAGGAGCUGGAUGAGCUAAGUAGCUUGCUUCAACUUCCCCUUGCCGCUGGGUCUGUUAAUCGCGGCAGUCCCUUGAUUGGCAGUGGUCUUGUUGUCAACGAUUGGUUGGCUUUUUGUGGUCUCGAAACAACUAGUGCAGAAUUAACGAUGAUCGAAUCGAUCUUUCAACUCAAUGAAGUAAAUGUCUCUGCCGAAGCAGGUACUCUCCGCGAAUCCAUCCUGGAAAGGUAA